AUGCAAUCUUUAAGCUGCUCCUCCUUUUACAUGAAGAUGCGCCAGACAUAUGCCCCCGUGGCGUCGCAACGGCGCCCUGAGUUGAUGAGGGCCUCACCGCCCUUAACACGGGAAGCCGGCAUCAAUUCUAUAGAGAUAUUUGGGUCGCCACUGGAGAUGAUGACACCGUCGCCAUCAUUCCGCGGCCCAUCCGCGGAGGGGCACAGUAGCGCGGGCGCAAUUGCGGAAAUCCAACGGAAACUGACUGCUAUCCAGAGGAAAAACGGCAAGCCGCAGUACCAACAACAAAAUGAUCGAAAGGAAGAGCAGCAGCAGAAGCAACAGAAGCAGCAACAGGACGCUUCUUAUUCUAACGCAUUAUUUGACCCGGAAAAGGGUGGCAACCCCAUAAAAGGGAUAAGCACGGCGUUGGAGCAAGAGGUGGACUCGUUAUCUCCCGUGCUAUCGUCUCCGUCUUCACGUUUCUCCAAUGAAAACGAUUUUUCCAAGAAGCAGCCCUCAAUGCCUUUAUCGCCUCCGGUCCCAGGGCACAAGGGGACAGGUGAAGACGAGAUGUUGACGCCACAGGAGAUGGCCUUUUUGCGUGUCGUCGAGUUUGCCGUUCCUGUUUCUGUGCACGCGCAGCUGGAGCCCGGGGCCACUCUUGUUAAGUUGUGCGACAAAGUGACAGUGAAGCUGUUUCCUUCUCAUUUGGUCCUUAUUCGUCCGGACGGCGUCGCGGCUGUUGAGUUGGUUAUUGAGGAGCUCUGCGAGCUGAACGAGGACGAGGGCGCAUGCGCACUGGACUGCAUUGUUCAGGCGAGGGGCACAACGCGUCGGCGGCUUAUUCGUGUCAUCUGCACAGACGCGAUUGCACGUGGCGCACUUUUCAAACUCCUAUGUGCGAGGCGAACACAGUUGGAAGACUCUGGGCGGCUGGGCGAACGCACUUGCGGGUCCGUUGGGAGAAGCUGA